AAGUCUUGUUACUCAUCUGACAGUUAUAUGACUUCACAACAAAAAAUGUUAUGAUCUGUCAUUGAUGCAUAAUGUGAUGUUCUGUUUUGCAAUAUUUAAGAAUGCCCAUACAGGCACCACAGUGGACGGAAUUUCUGUCUUGUCCAGUAUGUUGCCACACAUUUGAUGGAGCUCUAAGGAGUCCCAUAAGCUUAGGUUGUGGACAUACAAUAUGCAAGGCAUGUUUAUCAAACUUACAUAGAAAGCAAUGCCCAUUCGAGCAAAAUGUUAUAAGUAUAGACAUCGAAAAUUUACCAAUCAACACAGCUUUACUUCAACUUAUUAUACCAUUGAAUAAGAGUGAACAUGAGGAAACUAUCGACCUUAAAAUCAUACCAAGGGAGUUCACAAGUUUAUAUCUCACUUCUAAAAAGUGUGUUGAAAAGUUGGCUCUCUAUCUCAAACCAUUUCCUAAUGGAAGUGUAUCUGGGGGUGGUAGUAUACUUUCGAGGCCUAUGCAAAGGAAGUUGGUCACCUUGAUAAAUUGUCAACUUGUUGAGGAUGAGGGAAGAACCAGAGCAAUGAGAGCUGCCAGGUCUUUGGGGGAGAGAACAGUGACGGAAUUGAUUUUACAACAUCAGAACCCCCAGCAGCUGUCUAAUAAUCUUUGGGCUGCUGUUAGAGCCAGAGGUUGUCAGUUUCUAGGUCCUGCUAUGCAAGAAGAAGUUUUGAAAUUGGUACUGCUAGCUUUGGAAGAUGGAUCAGCUUUAUCGAGGAAAGUUCUAGUGAUGUUCGUUGUGCAGAGGCUAGAACCCCAUUUUCCUCAAGCCUCAAAAACAAGUAUUGGGCAUGUUGUGCAACUUUUAUACAGAGCUUCAUGCUUUAAGGUUUCAAAGAGAGAGGGCGAUUCAUCCCUGAUGCAACUGAAAGAGGAGUUCCGUACGUACGAAGCGCUACGAAGAGAACACGAUGCACAAAUCGUACAAAUCGCGACGGAGGCCGGUCUGAGAAUAGCCCCGGAUCAGUGGUCCGCUCUGCUGUAUGGCGACACCGCCCAUAAGUCGCACAUGCAGAGCAUCAUCGAUAAGUUGCAGACGCCGCAGUCCUUCGCUCAAAGCGUGCAGGAACUACUUAUUGCACUCCAGAGAACGGGGGAUCCGGGAAAGCUGUCGGCUCUGAGGCCCCACCUGGAACUUCUGGCUGCAAUAGACCCAAGUGCAGAAUCUGCUACACCGUCUUGGAAGGAAUUCAGCGAGGCCCUAGAAGCGGUACAACAAGUGGUUGCAGGUCUUGUGGAUUUCAUCCAUCAAUACGGAAACCGUAAACUUCAGGACACCACCCAUUCCCAACACGCUAAAUAUAAGAUCAGUAUGUGUCGUGAUCUGACUCUUAGGGGCAGCUGUCCAAGGAGUACGAACUGUACCUUUGCCCAUUCGAAUGAGGAGCUGGAGAAGUACAGGGCGAAAAAUCGGAAAUCUAUGAUUAGGAACAAGGAACACAGGAUAGACAGCCAGAGCCCAUCCGACAAGAACUAUAACCAGCCUGAAGACUAUUACACGCCUGUACCGAAUACCGCGGCGCCCAGUCCUGUAUCCAUGCCUUCCAUGGUGCCGGGAAUGGUUCAAGGGAUGAGUUAUGACGUUCCUCCUUACAGCGCCAAUUACCUGAGAUCGAAUCAGCAUCACUCUACGCCCCAGCAAAUGUACGCUAACAGUAUUGGUCAUUUUUCACCGCACGAAAUGUACGGUAAUAACCAACAGAACGUGAUGGUUUCUUCGAACAAUGGCCAGAACUAUUUUCCAUCUCCGGAAUUCGCCGAUUUGAAUCGUCCUAAUAUGCCAGCGGAGACUACCAGAUCCAUCAAUUGGGACAUUUCGAAGAACCAAAACCUACCGAUCCAACCGAAGUUACCUCGGGGCCAGGGAAAGAGUCUCGCCGAAUUAUAUCAGCGGAAGCAAGAAGUAAUUUCUCUGCUUGAGAAAGUCGUUGGAAAGAACGCGGCAACUGCGAUCUCUAACGACGCUACUACACUGGCACGUCAAGAGUCCCAAAUCGAUAUGGAUAGCCCGUCGUCGCCCUAUAGCUUUCUGCCGCCCCACAUCAACACCGGGCCGACGUUUGUCAGAUCGGAUUCCAUUCUGACGCCAGACGACGACUACGUGCCGUACGAUUCGCCGUCGAUCAACAAAUACGGUCCGAUUUCCAGGAUGCACAAAGACAACAAUCUGAAUCAGUCGACUUCGUUCAGGGAUUCCAGUUUGCCGUCGAAUAUGGCCCAUAGACCAAUGUCAUCCGGCAGUCCGCUAACCUCACUCUACUACAACAACAAUCCUCAGAUAUACCCGCCAAAUAUUCCACAAGGAGCAUUUGUUCCAUCAGGAAACGUGAUGAGUCCUCAAUAUUUGCAUAUGCACCCGAGGAUGCAGGAUCAUUCCAAAGAAAUAAUGGCCGAAUCCCAAAGGGUCAGCAUGCAGUUGCGAAAUUUGGAGAAGCAGCUGAAGGAUCUGAACAAGUUGGCGGCACAAAAAAUUCCCAAUCUAAGUGAAAGUGAUAAGCUCACCCAGGAGUUGCAAUUGAUCGAACAGGGAAUUCAUGAGAAACAGAAGGAGGCAUGUUUGAACCGUAUUGUUAAUUCAUGGAACUUGACGAUGAAUGCCAAUGUGGCACCUGGACCAUCCGAGGACACCAUGUAUGAAGACGACAUUGCCAACGAUAUGAAAGAGCUAGAGCUUCGUUGGAAGGAGGAACUUGAAGAACAGGAAAAACGGUGGAGCAGCGAGGACGACUCCAACAAGUAAAUAUUCUAAUUCCGAUUUUCUAGAAAAAAAUUUUAAUAACCCAAUGGGUUCUAUUUUCAUGACAUAAUCUUAUGUUAGCAUCAAAGACUGCAUAACAAUAUAUGUAUACACUUUUAUUUUGAAUCAUGAGAUAGCGAUUUCCAACAUUUUAAUAUUAUUUAAACUUUUAUUGAGUGAUCUUAUUUUUAAUUCCUUUUUUCUGUUUUUAAUAUUGAUUAUUUUGGUGUUGUUUAUUGACAGAAUUUGUUUGGGCUGGAUUUAUGCCCUCGAUUGUUUCAUAUUCAAUAUUGAAAGUUAUCAAGACAAUUAUAUAAUUUUUCCCGUUGAUUCUGAUUGAAUUCGUUUAAUAUUAUGACGUUUUUAAAGCCGGACUGCAUCGAGAGAUAAUUUUCUGAUGAUUCAAAAUAUGAGUCAUUAGUCCUAAUAUAUAAUUUUAAUUCAUAAUUAAAAGUAUAUGUGGUGCAUUUCGAUAUGUAUUUAAAAAAAAAAUUUGCUGAACUCGGUGAUGAUUCCAGUUUUAUUGGAAAAUUGAUUCGAGGGCCUAUUGUGGUGAGUGAGGUUGAGGAUUUCUUGAAAAAGAUUUUUCAGCUAGUCACUUUCGUUGGAGAACGAAAAUAUGCUUAUGUUUAUUCGUUCAAAUUUAUCGAGGGACAAUCUUUGAGGUUUCUCCAGCGAAAGUUGACCACUUUGUUGGAUUCGGCGGUCACGUCGCCACAUUUUUUGCCUACCCCUAAAUAUUUAUAUAAUAUAAUCAUGCUGUGUGUGAUUGGGUAUAUCAAUGUUAUGAGUUGAUAUAUAUUUAUAAUGAUGUAAAAUCUUGAUUUGAUGCAUUUGUUUGAAAAUGCAUGACGCUAAUGAAAUGCUUAAAUCAAUUGGAAAUAUAAAAUUUACAAAGUUGAA